AUGGGCGACGUUGUCUCACUUGAUCUGGGGCCUGGGAAGGCAUCGUCCGACUCUGUCCGCAAGGCUGAAAAGCCGGCGUCGCCGUCGUUCGAGAACCCGUCUGGAGAUCUCGAGGGCAAGAUGGUGGUCGAAGUCGAGGACCACGACAUCUUCGACGGCAAUAACGCCGCAAUCGAGCCAGUGUAUCAUGCAAAGGCGAGGAUCCUGAACGCGGCAUUCCGGGAGAUUGGGAUGGGCAAGUAUCAGUGGUUCCUAUUCGUCGUGGCAGGCUUUGGCUGGUUCUCGGAUAAUCUGUGGCAGCAAGUGACUGGCCUUAUCAUCAACCCUGUUGUGCUCGAAUUCGUUGGGACCAAGGGACCGUUCAUCCUUCUCCCGCAGACGAUCGGUCUCCUCGUUGGCGCCGUCUUUUGGGGUGUUGGCUGCGAUCUCUGGGGCAGAAGGUGGUCAUUCAACCUCACCCUGCUUAUUACUGGUGUAUUUGCAAUUGCCGCAGGUGGUGCGAACAACGAGGUUACGCUGUGCGCGUUGAUCGGAGUAUAUGCGAUCGGCUGCGGCGGGAACCUGCCUGUCGACUCUGCAGUAUUCCUGGAGUUCGUUCCUGCGACACACCAGUGGCUACUCACAGUGCUAUCUAUCUGGUGGGCGAUCGGUCAGCUCGUCGGCGCUCUGGUUGCAUGGCCGCUCAUUGCGAAUUUCUCCUGCUCCUCUGCAGUAGGAUGCACCAGAGAGAAGAACAUGGGGUGGCGGUACCUCUUAUGGGCGCUCGGUGGGCUCAUGGUUGUCCUCUUCAUCAUCCGCUUCUUCGUGUUUCAUUUGUACGAAUCCCCCAAGUACCUCAUGGGCCGUGGACGCGAUGAAGAAGCCGUGAAGGUCGUCCAUCAAAUUGCGCAGUACAAUGGGAAGAAGAGCAGCCUGGCGGUCGAAAUGCUCAGAGAAUGCGAGAAACUCGCCGAGGCUGCGGACGCCGGUGGGAAUUACGGCCGGGAACCCUCAAUGCCUAUGGACACAAGCAUGAAGGCAGCGUUCAUGCGGCAAGUGCGCAAGCUGAACAGCGACCACCUGCAGGCGUUGUUCAGGCCGAAGAAGUUCGCCUACUCGACGUCGCUCCUAAUCGUUCUCUGGGCGUUCAUUGGUUUGGCGUCCCCGCUGUACAACAGCUUCGUGACGGUCUUCCUUCAACAUAAGGGUGUUGAGACUGGCGAUGGGUCGCUCUAUAUUACCUAUCGCAACCAGGUAAUCCUGACCAGGCUCGGCCGUAAGGGGACGCUCGCGAUCUCGACUGCGCUAAGCGGUGUCUUCCUCCUGGCAAGCACCACCUCGCGCACGUCUGACGUACUCCUUGGUUGGAACUGUGGCUACACCUCUGUCAACAACGUCAUGUUUGGCGUCCUGUACGCUGUCUCGCCCGAGCUUUUCCCCACGAAAGACCGUGGCACGGGCAAUGCCCUAGUCGCGUCUGCCAACCGUGUGUUCGGUAUCAUGGCACCGAUCAUUGCACUGUACGCGAACCUGAAUACCCCCAUCCCGAUCUAUGUCUCGGGCUCGCUGUUCGUUGUCUCUGGUGUCAUCGCGCUCCUUCUGCCGUUCGAGUCUCGGGGCAAGGCGGCCAUCUAA